UCGACGCUCUCCCUCCCAACGUCCCUGCGCCCACCCCCAAGAAGCUCCACACUCCAGCAAUGGCAAUGCCGGAUCAAGACCGCGCCGCCAUGGCCGCGCCCCUGCUCCCGCGACCCGCCUUCCUGUCGUCGUCCUCCUUCUCGAUCUCGUCGUUCGGCUCCUCCUCCUCUUCCUCGUUCUCGGACGCUGCCUCGGCGUCCUCCACUGCGGGCGCGUCUCCGAUGAUGCCCCGGGGACCGUGCAAGGCACUCACCGUGCUGCGGGACCACCCGGGGUCCGUCUCCUGCCUCUCGCUCUGCGGGGAGUUCCUGCUCAGCGCCUCCACCGGCGCCGACAUCGUCGCGUGGCAGCAGCCCGACCUCCGCUGCUUCGCGCGGUUCGGGCACGGGGAGGGAUCCGUCAAGGCGCUCGCGGCCGCCGGCGGGAGGGUCUUCUCCGCGCACCAGGAUGGCCGCGUCCGCGUGUGGCGCGUGUCGCGCCGAUCCGAGAACGCGUUCAAGCUCGUCGCCGCGCUGCCCACCGCCCGGGACUACCUAGGCAGGAUCUUCCGCCAGGGGAGCUACGUCCAGACGCGCCGCAACCACCGCCGCCUCUGGAUCGAGCACGCUGACAGCAUCUCCUGCCUCGCCGUGCAUGAUGGCGUCGUGUACUCGGGCUCCUGGGACAAGACCCUCAAGGUCUGGCGCAUCUCGGACCUCAAGUGCCUCGAGUCCAUACGCGCCCACGACGACGCCGUCAACGCCGUUGCCGCGGACGGCGGCGUCAUCUACUCGGCCUCCGCCGACGGCCGCGUCAAGGCGUGGGAGAAAGGCAAGGCUUCGCAUUACCUCCAUGGCGUCCUCAUCGCCCGCGACGGCGUCUCGUGGAAUGCCAUCGCGGUCAGCAUCGACCGCCGGGUGUACGCCGCGGGGUCGGACGGGCACGUCGUCGGGUGGGACAGGCUCCGCAGCAGGGCCGCCGCCCGGUGGAGCCUCGCGUGCGACGUCAAGGCGCACGAAAUGGCCGUGCUGUGCCUAUGCGUCGUCGGCGAUCUGCUGUGCACCGGUUCCGCCGACAAGACCAUCGGCCUGUGGCGCUGGCAGAGCAGCGGCGAGAUCACCAAGGUGGGCGCCAUCAGAGGCCACGAGGGACCCGUCAAAUGCCUGCAGGCGUCCUGGUGCAGGGUGAGCAAUGGCUGCAUGGUGUACAGCGGGAGCCUUGACAAGAGCAUCAGAGUCUGGUGGGUGCCGAAUGGUUUGGAAGGCAACGAGCAGCAGCAAGACAAGUGCUUCAAGGAUCAGAAUCAGAAUGAGAAGGCCUGUGUGUUCUUGAGAUGAACUGUGCUUGCGUCCAAUUCGACAUUGAUUGUUUGAGAUUGGUGUUUACUAGUCUGUAGUUUGGAUUGUUUGACACUGCCGGAGAUGGUGAUCGUUGUUUAGAGGAGGAAAGAAAUUUAUAUAAGGAUACACAAAAGUAGUCAUAGAGUGGGUGUAAAUUGCUGUAUACUAAGUUUGGAUUGUUUGACACUGCCGGAGAUGGUGAUCGUUGUAUUAGAGGAGGAAAGAAAUUUAUAUAAGGAUACACAAAAGUAGUCAUAGAGUGGGUGUAAAUUGCUGUAUACUAUACCCUGUUUUUUUCCCUUGAUAGGUUUUGAUCGAAUUGAAAAGCUUAAGGACCUUAUCUGUGAAAUAUAA